CUCGGUACGGAAUAUGCGCGCGGUGUGUCCGGUGGCGAACGGAAGCGGACCUGUAUCGGGAUAGAGUUGAUCAAAGACCCGUUAGUGUUGUAUUUAGAUGAACCCACGACCGGAUUGGAUGCGUACACCGCGGGGACUGUCAUGAAAACUCUCAAACGGAUGUCAAACGCUGGUCGAACCAUCGUUUUCUCGAUUCACCAACCGAAAUAUUCUAUCUAUCGUUUGUUCGAUCGAUUGACGCUGAUCGCCAACGGUCAAAUGAUUUACCAUGGCCCGGCCGGCCGUAAUCCCAUCGAUUAUUUUCGCCGGUUUGGUUAUGUACUUGAGGGUUAUAACAAUCCGGCCGAUUUCCUGAUGGACACAAUACACGGUGAAGUCCCGAUCACCGAAGCCAGUGUGGAACUGGGUGAAGAGAACGAGGCAGUGAUGGACCCGGAGGUUGAUGUACUCCUUCCACAACGCUCCACCGAUGCAUCUGGUUCCUUGCGUACCACGGUUAUUCAACGUCUGCUCAACUUCUGGCGACAGUCUGAAUUGUUUGAAUCGUGUCAACAAACCGUGAAUGCGAUCGCACGCGCCUACAAGGCUCGGCAUGUCCGUUCCCGUUCCCCAUCGCCCUCCGGGGUGCAUUCAUCCAAUCCAGUGAAUGCGCCUUACUGGUCCUCCUCCUCCACACCAUCUGAUCGUCCUCGACUGGGUGAAUGUCGCGUUCAAUCAGCACCGGUUUGUCGACUAUUGCCGAGUCGAUUGCAUUUGCGUGGACUCCCGGUUCGACCUGCUAAACAAAUCGGUCUCUGUAAUUCGGAUAUCAGUUUGAGGUGA